GGAGUUGGCGCGCGAAGGAGGGAAGAGCCGUGGCUCGUGAGACAGCGACAGACUGGAAAGGCUGCCUCGCGCUGCGUUGAUGAACUCGACCUGGUUCCGCACACAGCGCAGCAGCCCGUCAUGGGAGACGGUGGCGCGUCCUCGGCGGUGAACUUCCAAAAUGGCACGGGGAGCGAGGCGUCGGACGCACCUGGGUCCUCCACGGCCGCGUCCGAGCAGUGGAUGGCGGGGAUGAGCCUGGUGAUGGGCUUGAUCGUCCUGUCUAUUGUGUUCGGGAAUAUCCUGGUCAUCGUGGCCAUAGCCAGGACGCAGAGGCUGCAGACGCUCACCAAUGUCUUCAUCGUGUCGUUGGCGAGCGCGGACCUCAUCAUGGGGCUGCUGGUGGUGCCUUUUGGUGCCGCGCUCGAGGUGCGCGGCUCGUGGCUGUACGGGUCCUUUUUCUGCGAGUUUUGGAUCUCCGUGGACGUCCUGUGCGUCACCGCCAGCAUCGAGACCCUGUGCGUUAUCGCCAUAGACAGGUACGUGGCCAUCACCUCGCCUUUUCGCUACCAAAGCCUGCUCACCAAAGCUCGGGCCAAGGCUGUGGUAUGCAUAGUCUGGGCCAUCUCUGCGCUGGUCUCCUUCCUACCCAUCCUGAUGCACUGGUCCCGGGACAGUGUGGACACAGCCUGCUACGAGGACCCUGAAUGUUGCGACUUUGUUACCAACAGGGCAUAUGCGAUCUCCUCAUCCAUCAUAUCUUUUUACAUUCCUCUACUGGUCAUGAUAUUUGUUUACGCCCGCGUGUAUAGAGAGGCGAAAAAGCAGCUGAGGAAAAUUGACAAGUGCGAGGGCAGGUUUCACAACACCUUAACCGGACUGACCUCCAAGUGCAAGAAGAGGCCGUCUAAAAUCCUGGCGCUCAGAGAGCAGAAGGCUCUCAAGACACUCGGCAUCAUCAUGGGGACGUUCACCUUGUGCUGGCUGCCCUUCUUUAUAGUCAACGUCGUGCGGGUGUUUUGCGCAGAGGUGGUGGACAAGGACCUUUUCGUGUUCCUAAACUGGCUGGGGUACGUGAACUCGGCGUUUAACCCCAUCAUUUACUGCCGGAGUCCUGACUUUAGGAAGGCGUUCAAGAGGCUGCUGUGCUGCCCGAGGCAAGCCGACCGCAGGCUGCACAUCAGCUCCUGCGACCUGUCCCGGUGCUCCGGUGGUUUCGUCUCCUCUCUGGAGCCCGGCACACUGGGGAUGUGGUCGGAUUGCGCCGGCUUGGACAACAGUGACAGCAGCCUGGUGGGGACCGCAAAGCUGUCUCACUCCGAAUCACAGCUAUGAGGGAAAACAUUAAACUUUUGCGGAGGUGGAUUACAACAGCCUGGAGAAAGAUGGGUACAACAGCGGGCGUUGACUCCUUUAGCUUGUGCGUCUUUUCGACGAAGGUAUGCGCAAGAGCUGGACCUCAGAGCUUAAAUGGGUGGAUUUUGGUUUGUUGGUUGUUGGUUGUUUGGUUGUUUUUUAGGUUUUGCAUCAGAGAGAGAAAACAUUAAGCGAAAUCACCAGAAACGUGUCUGAAAGCCAUAUUUCCUUUUUUUUUUCGAAAAGAGACAUCAGGACAGAUGAUCUUUCCAAGAUGCCCAAGACAGUUUAGUGUCCAAGAGGUGAUCCAAUUUGCCAAAUAAUAUGGAGCCUAAAAAUCCGGAUCUGAGGAAUCAUAACGGUUGUUUGCACAUGAAACAGGUUUCAGUGAAUCGACAGCUCUGUCAAAGAGCGCACGGACGCUCCUGUGAUGUUUCUUAUUUUAUUGGAUCAGAAGUUCGGUUAUAUUCUAAAGAGGAUCAUCUGUUUCAAGAAGAGCGGGUGUCAUAAAUUAACCCCAGGUUCUCGAUGGGUCACAGUUUAUCGUUAACCUGACCGCUCGGGCGCACUGUAAUAAAUGUGGCUGGUAUUUAAAAGCAUUGCACAGGAGCGAGGCAUUUGUCGGAGCGUCUGUACUGUAGUCCAUGUAGAGCUUACGAUGUGUUUCUUUUUUACCUCACAGCCAUCGGCAAGUGCAAUUUGUACGACAGGUAUUUGUUUAUAUUAAACAUUUAUGUAAAAUAGACGUGUAUUUAUUCCGCGCUGUCUUUUCCAACUACACAAGUGAACGUGGAGCUGAAUCCCACGCCCCUUGUACAUAUAAUACUUUGUGGUGUUUAGUACCGAAGUGAGGAAUUUUCAGCCUCAUCCUUUGUCUUUCUCAUUUAAGCUUUACAUGCUGUUGUGAGGUGGUGUGUCGACUCCUGUGAAA